GCAGCCCCAUGGGCUCUGCCGGGGUCCCCCUGCUGCUGCUGCUGCUGGUGGGGGCGCUGUGCUGGAUCCCCGGAAGCGAAGGGGGGAAGGAGCCCCCCGCCCAUUUCUUGCAGCAGGUGAAGGGCGAGUGCCGCUUCCUGAACGGGACGCAGCGGGUGCGGUUCCUGCAGAGGUACUUCUACGACCGGCAGGAGAUUGACCGCUUCGACAGCGACCUCGGCAAGUUCGUGGCCGUGACCGAGUUGGGGCAGCCCGAUGCCGACUAUUGGAACAGCGAUAAGGUCUACCUGCAGGGCCUGAGGGCCGUUGUGGAUAUCUGCCGGCAGAACUACGAGGUGGCCAAGACGGGGCGUAUGAUUGGCCGGAGAACCAAGCCCACCGUCACCAUCUCCCCCACCAAGGCAGACCCCGCGUCCCCCAACACCAUCCUCCUCUGCACCGUGACGGGCUUUUACCCCCUGGAGAUCGACAUCCGGUGGCUGAAGAACGGGCGGCCGGAGAAGGAGGGCGUCGCCUUCGGGGAGGAGCUGCAGAACGGAGACUGGACCUACCAGCGCCAGGUGAUGCUGGAGACCCGGCCCGAGCGGGGGGACGUCUACGCUUGCCAGGUGGGGCACGCCAGCCUGGAGGCCCCUGUCACCGUCCAGUGGGAGCCACGUUCCUCCAACUCUGCCAGGAGCAAACUCUGGACGGGGGCCGUGGGGGCCGUGCUGGGGGUGGCCUUCCUGGCUGUGGGGCUCUCCCUCUACCUGAAGAGCAAGAAAGGUGAGUCUUUGGGGCUGGAUAAGGAGAGUUGGGGAGGGGAUCAUCAACCUCCAUCCAACAACCUGCAGGCUCAGGCCCAGGGGCUGCUCCCUCGUGCUCCCUCCUUUUACGCCUCCCACUUCCAGCCUCCCACCCCCCCCAGGGACCCCGACUCAGCUGGAACCGAGGAGAAGCCCCGGACCUCUGGCCCUGCAGGGUCUUGUUCCGGGAAGGACCAGGCCCCCUUCGGAGUCCGGCAGCCCCAGCCUGGGGUUCCCCGGGGCCUUAAGAAGACUUCAGGGGGCAUCUAG